GCGCACUUCACUUUCCAAGCCCAUCUCCAAGAAGCUCUAGAGCGGCGGCCACCAUGGCGCGGCGUUCUCCGGCUCUGCUCGCCGUCGUCGUUGCCCUCGCGAUCUUGCAGGUCGCCUCGGCGGCGUCCUGGCUCAGAGAAUUCACCACAGACGGCACCGUCCGCACGGGGUACGACGCGUCUGGCCAGAAGGUGAUGAUGCUCAACCUCGACCGGAGCUCCGGCCCCGCUGGGUUCAACUCCAAGGAGCAGUUCCUCUACGGCGAGUUCAGCAUCGAGAUGAAGCUCAUCCGGGGAGACUCCGCCGGCACAGUCUCCUGCUUCUACCUUUCGUCCGGCACCGACGACUGGCGCGACGAGAUCGACAUGGAGUUCAUGGGCAACUCCAGCGGCCAGCCGGUGGUGCUCAACACCAACGUGUGGGCCAACGGCGACGGCAAGAAGGAGCACCAGUUCGACCUGUGGUUCGACCCCUCGGCCGACUACCACACCUACACCAUCAUCUGGAACCCGGAGAACAUCCUCUUCAAGGUGGACAACGUGUUCAUCCGCUCCUUCAAGCGCUACGCCGACCUCGCCUACCCGAGCUCCAAGCCCAUGACGCUGCACGCCACGCUGUGGGACGGCAGCUACUGGGCCACGGAGAAGGGCAAGGUCCCCAUCGACUGGAACAGGGCGCCCUUCGUCGUCUCCUACCGCAGCUUUUACGCCAACGCCUGCGUCGCCGGGGGCGCGUGCCACGCCGGCAGGGACGGGUGGAUGGGCAAGAGGCUCAACGGCGCCGAGUGGGGCACCGUGAGGUGGGCGGAGCGCAACUACAUGCGCUACAACUACUGCCAGGAUGCGUGGAGGUUCCCGCAAGGACUCCCCGCCGAGUGCAACCGCAACUGAGCUGAUCGAUCAGCAUCGUCAGCUGUGUGAUCAGCAUCUUUUUAUUGGAUGUAUCAUUCUUUUUCUUCUUUGUGAACUUGUGAUUAAAAAGCAGCCCUGAGGAACCGUGUGGGCGGUUGUACACCUAGUUUUAAUUUUCCAGAUGAAAGAAGCAUGUAAUUUUUAUCGUGCCUUUUCAUACAGCAAUAUUUAUAGUUGUUGUGA